AUGCGAUCGUUAAUAUGGACAGUGGUCUUGGGCAUGGUCCUCUGGACCGUCCAGGCCUUCGAAGUUGUGAUGGACCAAUCUGACGACAACAGUCGAAGAUGUACUGGAAUGUACAGCAAAAACUCCUGGGGCGGCCCGGUUGACCCAUAUAUUCAAGUGGUUUUCGUGAAUGAUAGCAGUAUCAACCCGGAUACCGACCCGAUUGUCAGCCUUCUCAUAUUCGAGUGGAAAGAUAUCGAUCUUAUUGGAGUCAAGGAUCCUAAUAGACCCGACGAGAACAUCCCCGAGCUUUGCGGCAACUCCCAGAUUCAGGCCGGCCUUUGCCAGGAGAGCCAGAAGGGCGAAUUUGUAGUUGCUCCCCCGAACGAACUCGCCGAAAAGUCGAAGAACCUCGUCAUGACGCAAGCUGUACACCUGAAAGACCCACAUGUCAAGGUCUACCCUAUCAAGAAGACGGGAUACUAUUGCAUCCUUACCGAGGCCUUCACAGGGGAUGAGUACAAGGCUGUGGCUGUCUUCCGCAACGCCUACGGAGAGCUGCCUGCCACCCAGGUCCCCAAGCUUCCUUUCUAUGGUGGAAUGACUAUCCUCUAUGCCCUAAUUACUGUCUUCUGGGCUUUCCUCUACUAUCAGCAUAGACAUGAUAUCUUGGCGGUACAGAACUACAUCACCGCGAUUCUCGUCUUCCUUGUGGUCGAGAUGCUCAUGACCUGGGGCUUCUAUGAAUACAUGAACAACAAUGGUUCAAACCUUGGCGCAAAAGUCCUACUUGUUGUAGUGGCCGUCUUGAACGCGGCGAGAAACUCCUUCUCGUUCUUUCUGCUCCUCAUUGUCUGUAUGGGCUAUGGUGUUGUCAAGCCGACUCUUGGUCGGACAAUGAUUUACGUGCGAUGGCUUGCCGUUGCGCACUUCGUCUUUGGUAUCAUCUACGCCAUCACGAGUUUGUAUAUUGCGCCUGACACUGCUGGCCCCUUCGUUUUGCUCGUCGUACUGCCCCUGGCUGCUACCCUUACUGGCUUCUACGUUUGGACUCUCAACUCUCUCAAGUUCACUCUCAAGGAUCUCCAGGACCGCAAGCAACAUGCCAAGGCCUCCAUGUACAAGAAGCUGUGGUGGUGCAUCCUCCUCAGCAUUCUCGUCAUCUUCGGCUUCUUCUUCCUCAACUCCCUCUCCUUCGCCUCCGUUAACGAUCCCGACUAUGUCCCCUUCCACUGGAAGACCCGCUGGUUCGUCCUUGACGGCUGGCUCAACCUGGUCUACUUUGCCGACGUCGCCUUCAUCGCAUACGUCUGGCGACCGACGGCGAACAACCGACGCUUCGCCAUGAGUGACGAGAUUGCUCAGGACGACGACGGCAACUUUGAGAUUGGCGACAUUGGCGUCCCCGACGAUUCUGAUGACGAGGAGGAGAAUAUCGGCAAGCCUAUCAACGGUCAGACGACCGUUCCUGCUACUACCCAGGGAGCCGCUGCCGGCGCAUCGUCUACCCCGGCGCCCCAAUCGUCUUCUUCUCAGGCGCAGCAACAGCAGAGCAGAGCUGCACCCAGAGACUCCCUUGAUGGAGAGACUAUCUUCGCUGUUGGUGACGAGGAUAAAUUCUCUGACGACGAGGAUAGCGAUGAGGAGAAUGCCAAGCUUGUUAAGCCCAAGGACAAGACCCGGUAA